GGAAGAGAGGAGGUGUAGAGCUGGUAGCACACCAAAAAAUUCUGCUCUCUUACUUUCCCCGAAGAGGUGGGACAGGUGUUUCUGUCAGACCCAGAGGACUUUAGAAAUAGGGUUUUGAUCGUAUUUGGAUUUGUUCAAGUUUUAAUAUCUAAAGAUGUUAUGAAAGAGAUAAAGAUGGAGCUGGAAGAGACGGACACCAUUUUGUCACCUUCCUGGUCUCCCGUAGCAAGAGAUAGACUCCUUACAUGUGCCAAUCUUUCUGAUUUUGCAGGGAAAAAAAGGAAACAGGACCCAAGCAGUGAUGCUGAAUUUUCAGCCCGAUCCUCAGAAGACUAUGAUGAAGAUGACUUUCCCACGGAGCUCCCACACGACUCUGAGGGGCCUUGUAACAAGAGGGUCAAACCAGUGGACAGGAGUAGUGGAGUUACUGGUAUUAUAACGCCAGUGAAGACACCUGCAUUGAAACGGUUGGGACAGUCCAUUCAGCGGUCCAUCAGCUUCCGCACAGAAGCACGCCCGAUGCCACCGAUGGCGAUCCGGACUCGUCAGAAGGCUUCUUCUUUCCCACGGCGACGCAGCAGCCAGCUGUGGAGCGACACCGUGGACAGCCUGAGCCAGGACCUUAGUGCCAAAGAGAUUAAGAGACAAGAGGUGAUCUAUGAAAUGACACAAGGAGAGAAGCAGUUGAUAGAAGACCUCAAUCUGGUCAAAAAGGUUUACUAUGAGCCAAUGCUGAAACUGGACAUCAUGACUGAAAGUGAACUGGGGCAGAUAUUUGGGACUCUCGAUUCUCUGAUUCCUCUCCACGAAGAGUUUUUGGCUCGUCUGGAAGGGCUACGAGGGUCAGAGAAGACAGUGGGGGAGAUCGGGCCGACCCUGCUGGACUGGUUUCCUUGCUUGGAUGCCUAUAUCACUUACUGCUGUAACCAAGUGGGUGCCAAAGCUCUGUUAGACCAGAAAAAGCAGGUACGGCGUGUUGAGGAGUUUCUCCGCUUGUGCCAAGAGUCAUCCUUCAGCAGAAAAUUAGACUUGUGGAACUUCCUGGAUCUGCCACGCAGUCGCCUGGUGAAGUACCCGUUACUUCUGAAGGAGAUCCAAAAGACUACGCCACAUGAUCACCCUGAUGAGGACACGCUACCACAGGCCAUGGAGCUAAUCCAGAGCAUCAUUACUGAGGUGAACCAAAAGACCGGUGAGGCUGAGUGUCAGUUUUACAAACGAGGUCUGUGCUACCCAGAGGAGGGUCAGAGACUUCCAGAGAUUCAUGCCUCACGCUUCCUCUACUGCCACGGUGAACUCAAGAGCACCAAAGGACAGAAGCUGCAUGUGUUCUUGUUUGAGCUGGUGCUGGUGUUGACUCGCCCCGUGGUGCAGGACAAGGAUGGCAUGGUUCAGUUCCAGGUUUACCGUCAACCCUUACCUGCUGCCCAGAUCUUGCUGGAGGACCUGCCCGAUGGAGAGGGCAGCAGUUCCGGAUCUUUCCGUAGUGCUUUAACUGGCAAUGAUAAAGUGAAGAACUGCUUCCGUGUGAGCAGCAGGGUGCGCGCGAAGGCUCAGUCGCACAGCCUGCAGGCCAACGACACCUUCAACAAGCAGCAGUGGAUUUCCUGCCUGCGGCAAGCUAUCAUCCAAUCACGAGACAGAGACGCUCAGGCCAGCCAUUCCAAGGCCCAGCUAAGCCCCGAGCCCCCACUCGAACACAUCGCUGAACUGAGCCUGAAUUCUGAUGUGGAGAUGAUAGACACAUAGGUCAGACGUGACACCACUUCACAAGGACAAGAUACAUGUUCCCGGUCCCCACAGGCACACACCCUUCCAUGCAAGGAACUGCUAAAGUUUACAAACUUUAUAAAUGUCAAAGUGAAAGGUAUUUAUAUGAACGGUUCGAUCUGUGCAUAACGCUUCCUUUGAACCUAACCGUAAAUGACUGACUGCAGGUGGUCAGAUUGAAGAAUGUGUAAAGUGGUUCUCUUGCAUGUGCUUUUUAAACAAGUGUCUAUCAGGAAAUGAGUCCAUGAGCUCAUUCCUAUCUUCUAUGUAGCUUGUAGAAAUAUAAUUAAUGCAAAAUAUAAUAAGUAGUUUAAAUAAAAGUAAUUUGAAGAGUGUGAAAAUGAUAUACAGUUAUACAGAGGUACCGUACAUUAUGCAUUUAUUUACUGCUUGUGAGCAGUGUGAUAUCCGAAGUUGAAUGUGAAUACCAUAGCAGCAAUUAAAAAAGAUCUAUAUAUAUACACAUAACAUUUUUUUUUAUUACAAACUGUUUUUCUCUGUUAAACUGACAGUUUUCAUGUGAAGCUGAUGUUCAACAAUGACACCACGGCAGAGAUGGAGAUGCUUAGUUGUGAAUUUUAGAGUUUUUGUAUCAUGAAUAGAAGAAGCAUUUAUUUUGUCACAUAUACCUUACAGCAGAGUGAAAUAAAUUGUUAUACGAAAAAUAUAAAAAUAUUAUUCUGAAUGAAUAUU